GUAUUACCCAGAAUUGAUCCGUAACUGGAUGUGAUGCCCAAAUAUUCUUCAAGAUGGCCUCAGCUCAGAAAUUACUGGUGGUAGCUAUCGACUUUGGGACGACGUACUCGGGUUACGCCUUUUCCUUCUACCACGAGUAUAAGUCUAACAAGAAAAAAGUGAGAACUUACCUUUGGCCGACUGGAAUAGGCUUGGAACAGUCCACUAAGGCACCUACCUCCAUACUAUUUGACUCCAGACAAAAGUUCCACUCAUUCGGGUACCAGGCAGAGGAUACUUACACCAGGUUGCCGGAUGACCAUCAAAAGCAAUGGUAUUACUUCAAAAGAUUCAAAAUGACGCUUUUCAAAAACGAGAAUUUAAAUGAGAUGACCAGGAUAAAAGAUGUGACAGGAAGGGAGAUGCGCGCAAUGAACGUGUUUUCAGCAGGGAUCAAGUAUCUUCGGGAUCAUUUCCACGAAAUGUUGCAGGAAAGAAGCAUCUUUGAGGAAGAGGACAUCCAGUGGGUUUUAACUGUACCUGCAAUCUGGAACGAUGCUGCCAAACAGUUCAUGAGGAAGGCUGCAGUGAAGGCCGGCAUAAAUGGUGAUCGUCUCACACUGGCUCUUGAACCGGAAGCUGCUGCCUUGUAUUGUAAAUCCAACAUUCGCCAGGGAAUGUUCCCCAUCGGCCAUACGUUCAUGAUUGUGGAUUCUGGAGGCGGUACUGUGGAUGUGACUGCGCACAAAGUUCACCUUUCAGAUAAACUACAGGAAGUCCUUCCUCCAUCAGGAGGACCAUGGGGAGGGACAAAGGUAGACGACGCUUUCCAGACAUUCCUUGUGAAAGUCUUUGGACUCGCCGCUAUCAGGAAAAUGUCAAAAGCUGAAAAUUUGCAGAUAGAGAGGGAAUUCGAGAUUGUCAAACGGUCUUUUAAUCCGGAAGCCGCAAUGGGUAUGUCACCGGUCAAUAUCUGGAUUCCUUACUGUCUUAGAGAAAGCCUGGGUAGAACAGCCGGAAUACAACAGCCAAUCAAGAUAAGAGGUGACAAAAUGAGCAUUCCACACCAAACGUUUGCCAGCUUCUUUGAUGUGCCAGUCCAAAAGAUUGUAAACCACGUAAGGGAGCUGAUAGCCAAACCAGAGGUGGCUUCUGCCGAUGCUAUCUAUUUGGUAGGAGGAUUAUCAGACAGCAAACUUCUGCAGGCGGCUAUGAUAGAAGCAUUCCCUCACAUCCAGGUACAUAUACCGGUGGAGGCAACCUCGGCUGUCCUUAAAGGAGCAGUCAUUUUCGGUCACGACUCCGACAUCAUCGGAUGGAGAAUGGCAACAUCGACAUAUGGUACAAAAGGGGUUGUUGAAUUUGAUCAUGGCAGGCAUCCCAUAAAUCAACUGACACUAAUCGAGGGAAUAGAGUACUGCUCAGAUGUAUUCUCAAAAUUUAUAACAGUUGGUACGACAAUGCGAAAUGGCCAGGCAACGCCCUACAAAUCUUUCAGUCCAGUUUGUAAAAAUCAGGCAAUAAUGCCUAUCAGAGUUAUUGCAUCUCCUUCUGAAAAUCUAACUUACACCACAGAUCCAGGGUGCCGUGCCCUUGGAACUAUCAGUGUACGAAUGCCUGACCUCACAGGGGGAACUAACAGAGCAGUCAAGGUCAGGAUGAUACUGGGAGGUACAGAGCUGAAGGUGGAGGCUGUGGAUGAAAACACUGGUUUGACGUACGCGGCUUCAUUUGAUUGCUUCUAAAACAGGAUAUUAACACUGGAUCUGAAAACAUUUCUUGUUAUUACUUUUACCGAUAACUUAUAAUUAGUGUUAUAAUAUUGUCUUGUUUUUGUGAUUUUUGACUAAUACAACAAUUUAUGUAUUUUUUUAGUGUAUGGACUAUCUUUGAAAACAGGAGGACCACAUUUGACCAAAGGCCUUGUUGUUAAACUGAUACAUGUUAAGCUUCAAUCUGAUUAAAAUACAGCUCCUCAUUAUGCUAUCGUUCUAGUAUCGUACGAUAGUAGAGGAGCUGUAUUUUAAUCAGAUUGGUAAAGCUUGUUUAUAAUACGUCACAUGUGGUGACAAUAUCAUAUAACUUAUAUACGUAAGGAAGUUAAACACAACGUGUCACACAUAAAUAACUUAAACGACAGUUCCAUCCAUGCAAGCACUUGUUUUAUCUGAGAGGGAUAUUGCGGGUUUACAAGGUCGUCUCUAUCAUGUCAUUAAAAUGUAGGUUUCAUUAGAACUAUUGCCGAUAUUCCUACUUCAGAAACCAUGUUAGACCUCAUAUUUCGCUGAAAAAAGUAUGUUAGAACCAUGAAAACAUAUAUAUGUAUUAUUGUUCAAAAUUUUACUAUGUGGAAGUGGGGGAGGCCCAAGCUAUUCAGGCAUAUGUUGGCCGAACAAGGUCUGCAGAAACAAUUAAAGAUUGUUUUCUGAACAUUAGCUACCAGAGACAUUAACUAGAUUACUGACAUGACAGGAACGGACCCGCUAUGUAUCCGACUCUAAUAGUGAGAUUUUUGUAUUGUUCAGUCCCUUAAGCUGUUUUUAUUCUUUAUUCAACAUGCACGCUGUGAUAUUUUGUUUUGUUUGUAAUUUUCUAUGAAUUUUAUUCAUGUUUUGUCGUAGCUCUACAGAGCUAAUGUUCACUGUUUAACAUGUACGACUCUAAAUAAAUCUUCUUGCAUCUUGUACUGAAGUGAGUGUUACAUUGACAUUUAAUUGUUACUUAUAUACUCCUUUUGUCGACAUUUGUUUCUGACCAACUUUGCUUCAUAAUGUCAUAACAAAAAGGUUUGGUCAGUUGACAUCUUGUUUGAAUAUGACCAGCUCUGUUUCAUUAUGUCAUAACAAGAUGCUUAGCGGCUAAGAGAUGUAAAAUUUACCAAUAAUAAACUGUAAUGUCAAAAUCCAAGAUGGCUGAUUAGCAGCCAUUUUGAAUCCAAUUGGCCUAAAAAUUGAGGAAGUAGAUUUUGGGUAGCAGGGAAAUCACCAUGUUUAAGUUUUAAAAAGAUACCCCAAUUACUUCCAUCAACAAUGUACAAAAGCAAAACAAACUGAACAGACAGACAACCUGAAUACUUUAACUUUCCUGUUUUUACUUUCCUGUUUUUUUAAGAACACAUGCUUCACUCUCUGAAAAAACACAAAGAAUAAAUAGAAUAAACAUUGUGCUCUUUAACAUGAGUACUUUAGAUAUGCAAUCUUCUACAAAAACUGUCAAAAGCGCAGAAACAAGCUGCAAGAUUACUGUUGGAUGCUCCAUUUGAUACACCAUCAGUAGAAAUGUUUUCUUCAUUAGGGUGGUUACCAAUUGGCGAAUAUUUGAAAUUCAAAAGAGGUGUUAUGGUGUACAAAUGUAUAAAUAAUCUAGUUCCAGGAUAUCUUUCUAAUCAAUUUAAUUUGUCUAACAACAGAUAUACUAGAUCAGCAUCCCAAAACUCUGUCAAGGUACCCAAACACCGUACCACAUUUUAUUCCAAACACUUUUUGGUACAAGGGAGCCAGAUUUGGAAUAAUUUACCGGUUGAAGUAAGACUCUCUUCCUCCUUGACAAAAUUCAAACAAAAUAUGAUUGGUAACAUUAAGAAUGCGGUUUAAUU